UUGUUUAUAUAUAAUUUUUCUGGCUCCCUUGAAUGCAAUUGGUUAAUACUCAACACUACUUAACAGAGCAGAGAGAAAAGAUUGAUUCACUUACACACAUAUAUCUUUUUUCCACUGUGGAGUUGUGCAUCAAAUCUUCUCUCUCUUUGUUUCUUGGUUUGUGUUGUGAAACAGUUAAAGAUGCCUGAGGCAUUGGAAGAGGGUGCUUCAAUGAAAGGAGGGUUGAACCUGAAGGCUACUGAGCUGAGGCUUGGGUUGCCAGGGUGUGAGUCACCAGAGAGGGAGAGGGAGGGUGUGUUCAAGAGUGGAGCCAAGAGGGGUUUCUCUGAUGCCAUUGAUGGGAACUGGAAUGCUGGAUCUGAAGUUGCUUUGGGUAAAGAUGCUGCCUUGUUCUCUCUCACUGCUACAGACUGCACAAACAAACCAACUGCUGUUCUCAAGGAAACUCUUCCACACUCUCCAAAACCAUUGCAUGACAAGAAGCCCCAGAUUUCUGCUCCAGCUGCUAAGGCACAAGUUGUGGGAUGGCCACCAAUCCGUUCUUUCAGGAAGAACUCAAUGGCUUCUCAGCCAACUCAAAAGAAUGAUGCUGAUGCAGAAGCCAAGUCUGGAUGUCUUUAUGUAAAAGUCAGCAUGGAAGGUGCCCCAUAUUUGAGGAAAGUGGAUCUCAAUAGUUUUGGCACUUACAAGGAUCUCUCUUUGGCACUUGAAAAAAUGUUUAGUUGUUUUACAAUCAGUCAAUGUGGCUCUUAUGGGGUUUCUAGUCGGGAAAAUCUAAGUGAGAGCAGAUUGAUGGAUCUCCUUCAUGGUUCAGAAUAUGUUCUUACUUAUGAAGACAAGGAUGGAGAUUGGAUGCUAGUUGGUGAUGUUCCGUGGGAGAUGUUCAUCGAGUCUUGCAAGCGGCUGAGGAUAAUGAAGAGUUCUGAAGCAAUUGGGCUAGCACCUAGAGCCAUGGAGAAGUGCAAAAGUCGCAACUAGUGCAAAUGCUGUAUGCUUUUAUCUUCUGAGCCGGGAAGGUGGAAGAUGACAUUUAAGCAUAUAAUACGUUGUUUCUUAUGUAUAAUUCUAUAUACGAGAUUGGGGUGUCCUAAACCUUUUAGUGGGCAAGAUAUAUUGAUAACAAGAUAUUAGGUUUGUUGUAGCCGUCUAUAUCAUUUUGAUGCAGACGUUUAAGGUUUUAGGUUGUUCUCCCACACUUCAAUUACAGUCAUUAAGGUUUACUGUAGUAUGUAAAUUUUGCAUUUCUUUUAGUAACUUUCCGCUCUCUCUGAGCGACCAUUUUGUUGUCAUGCCAAGUUAAGAAAAGAACAUCAUACUUUCUUUAUGUC